UACUACAUAGUACAUAUCAUCCUCGUUGGAAAUAAUUUCUCUCUCUGCUCUGAAAGUUGCUCCACCGCGCCGCCUAAUAGGACCGUCGUACACACGACGGCCGAGAAAGUUGAUCAUCAUCUCAUUGGGAAGUGAAACUGAAAUAAAUCCCUAGUUGAAAACAAGAGUUGGCGAUAGCUGAAAAAACAAAGCAAGCAUGGCGGAAACUCAGAAUCCUUCACCACUGAUAGAUUCUUCAGCGUUGCCUCAGGCACUGGCAGUGCCACCUCCCAAAAAGAAGCGAAGCCUCCCUGGAAUGCCAGAUCCAGAUGCCGAGGUGAUUGCUUUGUCACCGAAGACGCUGUUGGCGACGAACCGUUUCGUGUGCGAGAUCUGCAACAAGGGGUUCCAGCGCGACCAGAACCUUCAGCUUCACCGGCGCGGCCACAACCUGCCGUGGAAGCUGCGGCAGCGAGGGAGCAAGGAGCCGCGCAAGAAGGCGUACGUGUGUCCCGAGCCUUCCUGCGUCCACCACAACCCCGCCAGGGCCCUCGGCGACCUCACCGGCAUCAAGAAGCACUUCUGCAGAAAGCACGGCGAGAAAAAGUGGCAAUGCGAACGCUGCUCUAAGAAGUACGCCGUUCACUCCGAUUGGAAGGCGCACAUGAAGACUUGCGGCACGCGAGAGUACCGUUGCGACUGCGGCACCUUGUUCUCUAGGAGGGAUAGUUUCAUCACGCACAGAGCAUUUUGCGAUGUCUUAGCGCAAGAGAGUGCCAUGGCCCAGGUCCAGGUCCAAGCCCAAGCCCAAGGUGCUGGCAACAGCAACAGCAACAGCAACGAUGUUGUGGCUUCUUCGCCGCCUACGCCUCCACUUACUCCCUCUGCGUCUGUCGUGUCCCCAACCUUGUCCAUUCAGAGCUCAGAAAUUCCGGAAAACCCGACGAAGCUGUCGCCGACAUCUUCUAGCGCAACGUGUUUCGUGAACGCCGUGACAAGCACCGCCACUGUGUUUGCAAGCGUGUUGGCAUCGCCAGCAACAACCGUGACAACUCCUUCACAAUCACCAUCAUCAGCAUGCUCGUUCUCGAACCUCAUGUCAAACUUGGAGUGCCCCAACACCACAUCCCUCUCCCUCUCCACACCACUCUAUCUCUCCAACAACGACCCUCCCCAAUACACUGCGUCUCCCCAACCUGCAUUAUCCGCCACUGCACUGCUCCAAAAGGCAGCACAAAUGGGUGCAUCAAACGCGUCCUUGCUUCGUGGUUUAGGCUUAGCAACAACAUCAUUGUCGUCGUCCUUCGGGAAAGACGAGGGUGUUAACACAAGUGCCGCAACCUCACUACAAUGGAACGGCCAAGUGAAGCAAGAGAAUGAACCCCUCGGGCUUGGGCUUCCCUGUGGGAGUGGGGGUGUCACCGAUGUGAUGAUGGGCCCUUCCGCCCCAUUCGUGGGCCAGCCCAUGACCCGUGAUCUUCUUGGUCUGAGCAUCGGUGGUGGAGCAAGCAGGGGUGGUCUCUCUGCUUUGCUUAGCUCUUUCGGAGGGAACUUUGAUGCAUCACCCGGUGAGGGAGGAGUUCACCACCGCUAGAAAAGUGUGAAGUGCUUGAAUAGUUGCAUCUGAGCAAACAAAACAGUUCAGUUUCUUGGCCUCACCCGGAAUUUUUGUGACGGGUAAAUAAGCCAAGUCUCGUGCCAGUGAGAGAAUGAUAGGAGAAUUAGAAUCUACAUCUUCAAUAUUUGUAUGUAUAAAUGUCUUUUCACUUUUUCUUUUCUGUAAUAAGUGUGCUCGUGCUGUUAUCAAAAUGUGCAUAUGGCCAGUUGGCAAUUGCGGUUUUAUUUCAUGUUACUUUAUUGU